ACAAAAGUAUUUUUCACUGUUGCUUUACUUGCUUACCUUAGUUGGACUCGUCCUGAAGAACUUUGCUUCGUUUUAUUAAAUCUGCAGUCAAGACCUCAUCCUGCUAGUGCUGCUACUUUUGCUACAAUGUAGCAAGAAGGGCUGAUACUGUGAUGCAUGGCAUAUCAUGGGCAUCGGGUGAAAAUAUUUGAUGUCAAUGCAUCAGCUCUUUCUGUUGUUCAGGAGAAUUUAGACCAAGACAAAGAUGAAUUACAUAGAGACGGGCUGAUGACACACCCAAAGUUUCUGGGGCAAGUAUUGUGCAUGAGCCGAUUAGAGGAUGCAGUAGAUGAUGCAGAGUUCAUCUUUGAGGCUGUGAUUGAAGAUUUAGAUGUCAAAAAAGAAUUGUUUGAAAGGCUAACUCAGAUGUGCAAACCAGAUGCUAUUAUUGGCAGUAAUUCUCUUCAGUGUAAUAUUGAUGAAAUUGCAGAACGGGCAAAUUGUAAAGAGAGGAUUAUGAACCUGAGGUUUCUUCAUCCUGUCUACACAAUUCCUGAAGUAGAGAUUACUACAACUAAACACACAACACCUUAUAAUGUAGAGAAAGUGAGGCAAUUAUUGGAGAAGAUGGGCAAGACUCUCUUUUAUCGUUCGGGUAAAGAACCUCUCAUCCUCUCAGACAUCCAGAUAGCUUCAAGAAAAUUGGCACGUCGGCAGCAGAUAUUGAGGCAAAGGGGACUUGCGGGAUUCCCUCAAAAUGAUGUACCAGGCCUGGGCCACGAUGGCAAUACAACACCUAUGCAAGAUGAUGAAUGUGCCACGAGUAACGAAUCCGACUGCGCAAUUUGCAUGGACCGAAAACGUGACUGCCUCCUGUGCCCAUGCCACCAUCUCGUCACGUGUCAUGAAUGCGCGAAAUCGCUCGUAAAUCGCCAGGACUGCUGCCCGAUUUGCCGGAAGGAAAUUUCAGAGAUCAUUCGGGUGUUUACAGCUUGAUGCAAUGAUGAUUAAGAACUUUAUUGCACAGGGUUUCCCAUCAUAAAAGAGGCUUCAGGGCCUUUAUGCUGAACUACAGUUUUAUUGAUACCAUGGUUUAUCUUGAGUAGCCAAAAUUGUCAGAAGUAAAAAAAAAAAAAAAAAUGUGUACAAUUAAUGUUCAUUUUUUGUUUGUUGGACUUCUGGACCCUGUAACACGAUAACUUGCAAAUUGUAAAAUGACAUUGGCCAAUCAGUAUCUGUGUUGCAUUGACACCUAUCCCUUAUCUACCAAUCAUGAUAGUUGUACUAAAUUGCAAUUGGUCAUAAAUCUAUAGUGUCACAGGGUCCUAGUCUCUUGAUAUGAUGAUCCAGAAAACAAUUGCACUUAUCAUUCCCAGACAACCAAUAUGAUACGAAUACCAAAAAUGCUUACAAUUAAUCAAAUAUCUAUGUUAUGUAGAGAUUAAUAUUUCAUCUGGCUACAUGUGGUUAAAACAUAUAUGUAAAGCUUUGAGUUAAACCAAGGGGUGUGUUCCUUUGUACAUUAAACUCAGCUUUACACAUGACUGUUGACAUGUUCUUGGGAUGCCAAGUCAGAUUCUUAACCAUUCGGAUUCCCACUUGCUAUAAGUUGAAGUCAGGGCCUCAUUUUACAAAAAGUUAUGAUUGAUCCGAUCAACCUGAACUAUACGGAAAUCCAUCAAUGUCAUAAUUUUUCUCCAGGAAAUUUGCACAAUGUUUCUUGUAAACAAAGAGAAGCAUACUGAAUUUUCAAGAAAACAAUACAUCAUAUGUAUAAAAUAUGCAUUUGGAUGUCGACGUUGCUGGCUUUUCAUAGUUGUGGUCGAUCGGAUCACUUGCAAUACUUUGUAAGACGAGGCCCUGAUCUUUGUAAUUUAAGAUUCUUGUUGUUAACAAGCAUAAGCAUAUGAAUGAAAAUUUUUGAAAUGUCAGGAUUUGAUAUUAAAGUGCUAUAGAAAAUUCACUCUCACUGUGUUAUAAGAGGGAAAAAAGGGGUCUCAUAUUUUGCCCCCAUGAACAGGUCAGUCACAAGUCAUGUGUAAAUUUAUGGGCAAUUCACGAUCAGCUUUGUAUAACGCCACAGUUCAGAAUGUUGGUCCAGGAGUAUUUACUCACUAAAAUGAGAGCACCCAAAGUGAGUUGGGAUGCUAUUGCACUCUUCUUGCCCACAGUUGGAAAUAUUCAUUCAUAGUAUGAACUUUUAUUAUGAAUUAUUAUAGUAGUCUUUGACCAAAAUCAUUUUUAUGUUCUUCAACCAAUAUUUAGAUGUUUAGAAUAUAAAGAUCUAUUCCACAAAAUUUAAAUGUAUGUACGCAAAAGGUAGAAAAUGUUUUAACAGUCACUUAAAUGUAGUAAGCUAUUAAUGAGUUGUUGAAUAGGUUGGUGCAAUAUUGUAUAGCUACAUUUAGUGUGAAAAAAUAGAGGCAAAUAUAUAGUUAGAAGCGAUGAAAUACUUUUGAGUCUUCAGGGCCCCGUCUUAUGAAGAGUUACGAUUGAUCCAAUUUACCUCAAAUGUAUGGAAUUUCAUCAGUGUCAUUUUUUCUACAGGAAAUUUGCACAAUGACUCUUGUAAAUAAAGCAAAGCACCCUCAUUUUUUAAGGAAACAAUGAAUGUAUGAAUGAAAAGCAUGUCUAGAAAAUAUUUUGAACAACAUGCAUGUAAGAUGUUGACGUUGCUGGCUUUCCAUAGUUGUGGUUGAUCAGAUCAAUUGCAAUUCUUUGUAAGAUGGGGCCCUGGAGUCUACUUUAAAUAUUUAAUAGUUGUUGACUGUAGAAUUAUCUUUCAUAUGUAACAGAUUAUGUCAUUAGAUAAUGGAAAGCCAUUUUUAAGAUUUCUAUGAUUGUAUACAGGUAUUUUUCCAGUUUUUGAAUACAACUCUCAUGCUAUUUUUCUCUGUAUCUGAAACAGGAAUAGCAAUGGAUAUCUAUAGUUUAUUUCAUAUAUAUCUGUUUUUAGCUGCUCAUCGCAGAUGACCAAAUUAAUUGUGUGGAUUGUAUUGUUUGGUGUCAAGCAUAUUGCCAUACUCCAAAGACAUACAGUAUGGUAUAGAAAAUCUAUUAGCAUUUAUUACAUCUUGGAGGAGCUUCUUUGUAUGCUUCCCUAGGAGUUGAGAAAGUUUGCUAUCAAGCCACUAUGCAAUGCAUUGGCAUUGAUAUACCUGUCAAGUGCUUAUUCAAUCGUAAUGUGAUUUUUUUUUCAAUGGUAGUGCUAUUUCUUUUUCAAUUUUGUAAUACUUUGCCAUUUAUACUGCCUUGCAUAUUGUGUACAUAUUUGUUCUUGGAGAUAUGAUGAUAAUUGUGUCACCAUUUAAAAAUUUUAUGGUAUAUCAACAGAAGACUCUUGUAUAUUCACAGGAUUGUUCUAAAUUUGUACAAUUCAUAAUAUACACAACAAAAAAAGUAAGUCCCCCC